GCCUGACGACCCUGCGACCCGGAGGGAGCCGGAAGGCUCGGAGCGCGAGGCAUUGUGGGAAAGGGCUAGGCGUCGCGGUGUUAUCGAGGAGAUCCGCGGGGUUCGCUAGCGUUGAGAGACCAAGAACAAAAUGCCGGAGCGAGACAGCGAGCCGUUCUCCAACCCGUUGGCCCCAGAUGGCCACGAUGUGGAUGAUCCUCAUUCUUUCCACCAAUCAAAACUCACCAAUGAAGACUUCAGGAAACUUCUCAUGACCCCAAGGGCUGCACCUACCUCUGCACCACCUUCUAAGUCACGUCACCAUGAGAUGCCAAGAGAGUACAAUGAGGAUGAAGACCCAGCUGCACGAAGAAGGAAGAAGAAAAGUUACUAUGCCAAGCUACGCCAACAAGAAAUUGAGAGAGAGAGAGAGCUAGCAGAGAAGUACCGGGACCGUGCCAAGGAACGGAGAGAUGGUGUGAACAAAGAUUAUGAGGAAACUGAGCUGAUUAGCACCACAGCUAAUUAUAGGGCUGUGGGCCCCACUGCUGAGGCGGACAAAUCAGCUGCAGAGAAGAGAAGACAGUUGAUUCAGGAGUCUAAAUUCUUGGGUGGUGACAUGGAACAUACCCAUUUGGUGAAAGGCUUGGAUUUUGCUCUGCUUCAGAAGGUACGAGCUGAGAUUGCCAGCAAGGAGAAGGAGGAGGAAGAAUUGAUGGAAAAACCCCAGAAGGAAACAAAGAAAGAUGAGGAUCCUGAAAACAAAAUUGAAUUUAAGACACGUCUUGGCCGCAAUGUUUAUCGUAUGCUUUUUAAGAGCAAAGCAUAUGAGCGAAAUGAACUGUUUUUGCCAGGCCGCAUGGCUUAUGUGGUAGACCUAGAUGAUGAAUAUGCAGACACAGAUAUUCCCACCACUCUGAUUCGCAGCAAGGCUGAUUGCCCUACCAUGGAGGCCCAGACUACACUGACGACAAAUGACAUUGUCAUUAGUAAGCUCACUCAGAUCCUGUCAUACCUGAGGCAGGGUACCCGAAACAAGAAGCUCAAGAAGAAGGAUAAAGGAAAGUUGGAAGAGAAGAAACCUCCUGAGGCAGACAUGAAUAUUUUUGAAGACAUUGGGGAUUAUGUACCCUCUACAACCAAGACACCUCGGGACAAGGAACGGGAGAGAUACCGAGAACGAGAAAGGGAAAGGGAGCGAGACAGGGACAGGGACCGGGAACGAGAACGGGAGCGGGACAGAGAAAGAGAACGUGAUCGUGAGAGAGAGGAAGAAAAGAAAAGGCACAGCUACUUUGAGAAGCCAAAAGUGGAUGAUGAGCCUAUCGAUGUUGACAAAGCACCUGGGUCUGCCAAGGAGUUGAUCAAGUCUAUCAAUGAAAAAUUUGCUGGGUCUACUGGUUGGGAAGGCACUGAAUCAUUGAAGAAGCCAGAAGACAAAAAACAGCUGGGCGAUUUCUUUGGCAUGUCCAACAGUUAUGCAGAGUGCUAUCCAGCCACGAUGGAUGACAUGGCUGUGGAUAGUGACGAGGAGGUGGAUUAUAGCAAAAUGGACCAGGGUAACAAGAAGGGCCCCUUAGGCCGCUGGGACUUUGAUACUCAGGAAGAAUACAGUGAAUAUAUGAAUAACAAAGAAGCUUUGCCAAAGGCUGCAUUCCAGUAUGGUAUCAAGAUGUCUGAAGGACGGAAAACCAGGCGCUUCAAAGAAACCAAUGAUAAGGCAGAGCUUGAUCGCCAGUGGAAGAAGAUUAGUGCAAUCAUUGAGAAGAGGAAGAAGAUGGAAGCUGAUGGAGUUGAAGUGAAAAGACCAAAAUACUAAUCUUCAGUUCCAGUGAUGUCCAUGUGGAUGUUCUCAAUUAUUUGUUUCUACAUUUCCUAAAAAGGUUGAAAGGUUUUUUUGUUUGUGAAUGUUUACAAAAUUUUAUUGUACAAUAAUUUGUUUCAUUAAAAUUAGUUAACCUGC